UCCAGAGACACGAGCCCAGCCUCAGUCUCCGAUGGCACGGACUGGUCCCCGCACCAGCCAACAGACAAUAUGAGCAACGUUUGGCUGGGCUACUGAGAGUGUAAACAGUCUGCAAUAGCACUGUGAACCAGAGCAUUACAGUCCAGAUUAACAAGGGUAUUGUUAGGCCAUGAGCCCUUUGAAGAAACUGGAACAAGUGUUAAACUGGCUGAGUGUGGAUAAAAUGUUAAAAUUAUAUCUUGACUUUUGGAACCUUUAAAGAGAGCAUCAAACUUGUUAACUCUGUAAUUGAAAAGCAGUUGUAUCUCAAAGGAUUUGGAUCUUUGGAUGCCGUAGAAAGGCAGCUGCACUAAAAUGUUUGCAAAACUGAAGAAGAAGAUAGCAGAGGAAGCAGCAAUUGCUCCUCGGCCAGGAGGGGCUGCCAGAAUUCCUAGAUCAGUAAGCAAAGAAUCAAUCACGUCAGUGGGAGCUGAUUCUGGAGAUGAUUUUGCCUCUGAUGGAAGCAGCUCCAGAGAAGAUCUCUCAUCCCAACUACUCAGAAGAAAUGAACAGAUCCGAAAACUGGAGGCCAAGCUGUCUGAUUAUGCUGAACAGGUCCGAAACUUGCAGAGGAUAAAAGAGAAGCUUGAAAUUGCAUUAGAAAAACAUCAGGAUUCUUCCAUGAAGAAAUUUCAGGAGCAGAAUGAAGUUUACCAGGCCAACAGAGCAAAGAUGGCUGAAGGAAUGGCUUUAGCAUUAGAAAAAAAAGACCAGGAAUGGAGGGAAAAGUUGGUUCAUCUCAAGAAGGAAAAAGAGAUGCUUGCAGCUCAGUUGCAAGAAAUGAGGGAGCAGAGUUUGAACCUUUUCCAAAAGAGAGAUGAAAUUGAUGAACUGGAAGGCUUUCAACAGCAGGAACUGGCCAAAGUCAAACAUAUGCUUUUGAAAAAGGAAGAGUCUCUAAGCAGAGCACAACGGGAGUUAGAGGCAUGCAGUCAAGAGCUAGCCCAUGCUAAAGAAGAGCUGCAGGUCACAAGUCACUUGUCAUCGUGUCUGAGCAGUGAACUGCAAGAUUUGCGGCAGCAGCACUCAGAACUGGCAGCACAGAGGGAUGGGCAAUUAGCAGCUGAGGUAAAUGCAGAAAAUAAGAUCGCUGCCCUGGAGCAGAGAGGACAAGAGCUGCAAACCUUGAUUCAGCGUCUUUCAGCAGACUUGGAAAAUACUCAAGUUGCCGCCUCUAGUUGUGAGAAGAGAUUGGAGACGUCACAGAUGGAGCAUGAAUCUCUCAAACUGGAAUAUGAGCAACACAAGCUAAAGGUGACUGUUGAAAUUGAUGAGAAAAAUAAACUCCUUGAACGUCUGCAGGAAAAAGUGUCUUCCCUGGAAAAGAGACUUGAAGGGAAUUUUUCAGGGGAUGAACACGCAUGGGAACUGCUCAAGGAGAAAACUGCUCUGGAGCAGAAACUGGAUGACACCAGACAGCAACUAUUGGCAGCUAGAACCAGUCAUGCUGAGACCGUGAAUCUACUGGAAACCCAGGUCACCAAACUGAACAGCCAAGUGACUGACGCACAGGCCUCGCUCGGCGAGAGAGAAGAGUUUCUGAAGACUUUUAGAGAAAGCAGCAUGUGCCAGCUGAAAGAGCUUGAACAAGCCUUGAAGCUUGCUAAUGGGGCGCUAGUGAGGAGCAAAGAAGAGAUCGGUGAGAGAGAUCUACAGAUCCAAAAGCUGCAAACAGAUCUAGAGGUUGAGAGCAGCAAAUUACAAGACCAUAUCUCAGUGGCAAAGCAUCAGUGUGCAGAACGGAUUAGCAGCCUGGAGGCACAAAUAGCUGCCCUUGAAACCGCUCGAGAGUUUGAUAAAACCACUUCCCAGCACAAGAUAAGCCAGUUGGAACAGGAAAAUGAAGAUCUUAUUGCAAGCAGAAAGGAAUAUGAAAGUUCGUUACAGAAACAAGAGUUUGAACUGGAAAGACUAACGAAGGAAUUAAGCAGCAGAGAAACAGUCAGUGUUGGAAUUGCCAGAGCCCUGGAAGAAGCACAGAAACAAAGGGCGGAAUUACAGCAGCAGGUUGCAGACCUGAUCUUGCUGAUAAAGGAAAAGGACCAGCUGAUCAAUGAAAAAACUGACGUGCUUCUAAAAAAAGAGGAGGAGCUAAACCAACUCAGUCAAGAUCAUGGAGCGCUCCUGCUGCAGAUGCACCUGUUGCAGUCUGACAUGGACGCAUGCAAGAGCCAAGCCACAGAGAGGGAGGAAGCAGCAGGAAAGCAGAUCAGUGUUUUGAGUUUGAAGAUACAAGAGCAGGAGCACCUGAUGGCCAGUGGGAGAAACACUUUGGCAUUAGAAGCAGCAAGAGCCUUGAAUAAGCACUUGCAUGACCCAGAAGCCAGUGAGGUGGAACAGAACGGAGAGGUGGCUACUGCAGACAUCAUUCAACUUCAGAAAGACAACAGAGACUUGGAGCAGCAAAUUUCUGAGAAAAACAAGAUGAUAAAACAGUUGCAGCAAAGAAUGACAGAACUCAAGAAGACCCUGCAAAAAGAGCUGGGUAAGAAAAUAAGGCCUGACAACGAGAUCCCUGAAGUCCGUGAGAAACCAAACUCUGAAGUGCCUAAUGUUGCCAUGACCGUCACAAACAAUGCGGAUUUAAAUGACUCACGGGAGAUCAACUUUGAAUACCUUAAACAUGUUGUACUAAAGUUCAUGUCCUGCCGGGAAUCUGAGGCGUUCCACCUAAUUAAAGCUGUAUCUGUGUUACUUAACUUUUCACAAGAGGAAGAAAAUAUGCUCAAAGAAACAUUGGAAUACAAGAUGUCGUGGUUUGGGUCAAAGCCAUCUCCCAAAGGCAGUGUCCGGCCAUCCAUCUCGAACCCCAGGACAGCAUGGUCUUAAGGGAGUGGAAAAUGAGCAAUCAGCAUCUAGCCUCCUUUUUUUCUGUGAAAAGGACACGACACACCUCUUGAGGUGUGCCUUAAUCACUGUCAUUGCAGUACUUUGUACCAGAAUUUUGACACAGUUUACACAAAUAUACUGUACAAGCAGCAUCCUUCACUGCAAAUUGAAAUUUUCUCUCUGGGUGGAUUCUGUCUCAAUGGCCUGUUAUCUGUUUAACAGUCAUCUCCUUGUGCUCGAAUCCUGUGUCUUGGCACUAAAGGUUUACUACAUUAAUUUCACUCAACACUGGUGGCAGCAGUUCAGGAUUUUGAUAUCUACAUUUGUCGUCAUGUGGGAUCCUAGCUUCUGUUGCCAUGAAAUACUAGAGUUCCAUAACUCUUGGUACAUACUGUAAAGCUACCCGGUCUCAUUGUGCGAAGGUGGGAAUGGAGGGGCGUUUGCUUGUCGUACCGUGUUCAAUUCCUGACAGUUCAAAAAGCCUUUUGGAAAACACGAACAACGGGUUGCCUUGUUAUACUGACCUAACUUAUUAGCAUUUGUUUGUAUCACUGUGUAAAUUUUACAGUGUGAAUACCCUGACCUGCUGUUCUGAAAACUGCAGAUAACAUUUAUUUAAUUUCAGAGGGAUAGCACAACUUUAAGGUUGUCUGAUAUUUACUUUUCUUAAAGAAAAUUAACGUUUAAAAUGGUCUUAAUUACAGUACCUACUACUCAGUCACCUUUUAAACUAAUGUACUAGUCUAUAGCGUAGGUUGUUAGUAUUGGAAAAAGGUAGUAAACCAUUUUAAAUACUUUUUAAAGCUGAAUUUCAGUUUAUUGUAAACAAUUACAAUUCCUAUUGAAAGGGAAAAAACCUUUAGUGAUACAAAGGGCACAGAAUGUCAGUAUAAAACCAUUGAUUUUUUUUAAAAAUUCCUUUACAAGUUUGCUAACAGCAGAUUUUUAUAGCUAACAUCUGCUUCUCUCUGAAACAGUAUUGGUUAUUUCAGACUUUGCAUUUACUUGUAACUAAGACUGCAGCUUAAGAUUUUAGAGUGGUGGGGCUUAUUAGCUCUUUCCUAUCAUAAAAAUGUUUGCCUUUUUAAUAUAAAAGCAGAAUUCAGCUUGCACAUGACAGUUGUGGCUUGAAUGCUGUGAACUUUCCUGGACAGGGAGGACAGAUUAAGCUAUGAUCUGCCAUUCAAGUUGGAGUAGAAUUUUGCCCUUAGUUACUAACCAAAAGCUACAUUAAAAAUGGGAUGUGCAGUUUUGUCUGGCUUUUAAAAAAAAAAAAACCUGAAGUAUUUAUAAAAAUUCCAUAACUUAAGUGGCAAAUUUAGUAAUAAUCUUGCAAAAAGGCUCGAUUAUUGCUGAAUAGCACUUUAUCAAAUGCAUCUUGUUAAAGAAAAUUCAACACACACGUAAGCUAGAAGUUUUAGACCUAAUGUUUCUUUAUGGUACGAUCUUAAUAGUCACUCUAGUACUUUGCCCUUGCUGAGGUUCUAGGACUGGGCCUGUGCUAGUAAGAGUAAUGUUGAAAGGAAUUUUAUAAGUCUUCUGGAAUGAAUCAUACUCCCUGUCUAGGUGUUAAUUACCUUUCUAUUGUAGAAGAAUAGCAACCAAGAUUUUCAGGUAUUCUGGGAUGCUCAUCCUACUGUUGUCCACCAUGGCCUACCGGCACGCUGAGGACUGACUUUGAAGCUGAUUUGAGUUGUUCCUGACCUUGCUCUGGGCUGCUGUUGAACCUGAAGGAGAGCAGUCUUCUUGGCUAGUUAGUUGAUCAGGGGACAGGGAACAAAGAGAGCUCAGGUUAAAAACCACAGCCUCAGUCUGAUAUUAUAGAAACUUAAGAUACUUAAUUGGCCCUGAGCUAGCUUUCCUAUGUUGAAUCUUCUUUAAUGGUCAGAGCAAGAAUAACCUAUGGUAUAUAUUAAAACAAGUAAUGUAUUUUUCCUUGUAUCAAAGUUCCUGGGGUAUAUAUAAUCCUUCCUAUGACCAUUUACCAGUGGAUUUUUAUUUCUUGCAUUUUGUGCUGUAAAUAUGGACUGUAUUAUAGAACACAGACAAUUGGAGAACUAAUUUGUGGUGCACUAUUUUUUAUUAAAACUCUGGACUUCCUUCUAGUUAUCUUAUUUGGUUACCUCCAGUUGCAAGGGACCAUAGCACUAACAUGAACUAUUCUAGUUGGAGAGAAAGUGCUUGGUGUAUGAGUUAAGUAUACGUGCAUUCUGCUUUUUCUUCUGUGGCUGGUAUCUCCCAGACAAAUCAAUGCAUCAAGUGAAGGGAGAGUUGACACCUACUGCAGAGGAACCCACAUAUAGUGAUGGUUGCAUGGCUUUGUAAGGGGGACUAUGUAACCAUAUGGAGCAGUUGAACAAUCAAGUAUCCUUUUAUCCCUGCCUCAGUGCUGUAUCCUGAGAAGCAGGGCAGCCAUCUUCCAGUGGCUAUACUUCUUCAGUGCAUAAAACCCAUCAGCUGAACUUUCAAGCUCUUAUUUCCUCAAUUGUGACUUAAGGGAUGAGGGGUGCUACUCACCCAAAAGACAACCUGCUAACUUACCCAGAAGUCUGUUCUCAUGCAACAGGUUCUUCUCACCUUAAAAGAUCAUUUGAAAAAACAGGCUUUACAGAAGAUGCUUUCAGUUGGCCUAUCCAGUGGCUUGGGUCUGUUCAAUUUUUAAUCACACAGCACAAUCCCAAUGUUACUAGGACAACAGAUUUUCAUGGGAGAAGAAAUAUAGCCCAUGGAUUCAGGGUUUUGUUCUGCCCUAGGUUUAACAGUAGUGCAGCGAGCUAAUUUUUUUUACCUGACCCUAAACUACAGUUCCCUUCUUUUACCACUAUGAAUCACAUAGCACUAGUUAACACUCCAUGCCCCACAGAUGACCACACCACUUUGUAUGUUAAGUUGUGCUGAUAGUUUAUUAGCAGGACACUACUCAGAAAAGGUUCGUUUCAAAGGGAGUACAUGUACUUCUAUUUAAAGAUGUGAACAUAUCACAUAACUUUAAGAUGAGCAAGUACUCGCUUUAAAUGCUCAAAAGGGCAAAGGACACACUUUUCCAUAACAGCAUUAUUUACACAUGAAGCUUUGAAAUAAUUCCUUGCUCAGCUGGCAUGAAGAGAAAAACUGAACCCCUGGAGUUAGACACCUUAAUACACCAUAUAUUAUAUUUGGCACUUAACUUAACCCCCUGUUUAUACAUACAAAUUAAAUCAGGGCCAGAAAGAAAGCAUUCAAGUAAACACAGAGUGAGGCAAAUGUCAUCUACUACUACCAGUGCAGUUAGGUGCUCAUUCAGUCUAUUGGAGAGAAGGUGCUCUGGUUUAAAACAAACAUCUUUGAGAGACAAUCAGGGUGGUAUAGACGUAAACAAGAGCACAAUGCUUUGUGGAGGUGGGAUCCUACAAGAAUAUUUCAACACUAAAUUUGCCUUUGAAUCCAUAGCAAUUUUAUCUAAAUUGUAAAAUCAGAUUUGAUUCUUACAAUCCAAGAGCUUUAUUGACGCAGCAGGCACUUUACAAUGAAACUGACCCAGUCAUCCAGCUAGUCCUUUGAUUGUAUGUACAAAAUCCCCUGUCAAAUCGGCAUUUCCCCCCAGUCAGAACUUUGCAUCUGCUGAAGCCACAGCUACUUCUCUUAAAUUAGCAAUACACACAGGAUCUUAUGUCACCGUACUUUGAGGGUGCAGCAUCUGAAGAAAAAUACCUCUCCCUGUACAGUAACCAGAAUGUCUGAUGUGGUAAAGCAGACAGUCUCAGCCCCUGUAUUUGAUAGU